AAGGCUCGGGCGACGGAGGCGGAGGGAGGAUGCGACGCAAUUCUCCCUUUUUCGUGCGUAGUUUCCUCUUCGUGGACCCCCGCUCGCGCUGAGACUCGUACUAUGUCGUAGAGAGUGCCAAGACGAGGCCAAGAUGUGAGGCGAGAGACGCGGAGGAGGAGCCGGGAGGCGCAGAAGCGAGUGUUAUAGCGAAGGGGGGAGCGUCUUGGUGUCCAGCUCUUGGACUUGUUUGGGGAAAUCAGCUGAUUGGAACGUGAACGUCAGAGCCCCUUCGCACGAGACGCUGACACGAAAAAAAGGCUGCUGUUUAUAUAUUUUUCUUCGGUUUACCGUCUCCCCUCGCGUUUGAGUUUCGUUAUUGUCAUUGGUUUUAUUUGAUUUUGAGUUCUGUGGUCCGUAUGCCCAGUCCGUCAUGUCCCAGAACUUUCAGACGACGUACCAGCCCCUGGAUGGGGGUGACACCGAGGGAGUGCGUAUGGGGGAGGACAGGGAGCGUGACGAUGACCUCUCCCCCGAUACCCACUCCAGCAUGGUGUUCCACGUGGUGCCUAAGUCCAGCAAGUCGAGAUGGAACCACCUGGAAGACCUCGACUCCUUUUUCACGAGGGUCUACCAGUACCACCAGAACCACGGCCUCCUGUGCAUGAUGCUGCAGCAGUGCUUCGAGCUGGCGCAGUUCAUCUUUGUGAUAGUGUUCACCACGUUCCUCCUCACGUGCGUGAACUAUGAUAUCCUAUUCCGCAACAAAUUCCCUGUCAACUUUAACCCCAACGUUACGGACAAGAUCACCCUGCCGGACGUCAUCCGCACCCAUGACCAGUGCAUGGAGCAUUACACGUGGAAGCUGGUGAUGGUGAUCCUGCUGGCCUCGGUGUUCUGGUUCCUGCGCCUGGUACACGCGGGGUUCACCUUCUUCCAGUUCUGGGAGAUCAAGCUCUUCUUCAACAAAGCCCUCGGCAUCCAGGACCAGGACCUCGGCAACAUCACGUGGGAAGAGGUGGAGCAGCGCGUCAUGGAAGUACAGGUUGAGCAGCGCAUGUGCAUCCACAAGGAGGUCCUGACGGAGCUGGACAUUUACCACCGAAUCCUCCGCUUCAACAACUACUUCAUCGCCAUGGUGAACAAGGGCAUCAUUCCCCUCAAGUUCGAGGUGCCGUUCACCGGCGAGGUGGUGUUCCUCACCAAGGGGCUGCGCUUCAACAUCGAGAUGCUGCUGUUCUGGGGCCCCGGCGCGCCCUUCAAGAACAACUGGCACCUGAGCGACGAGUACAAGCGGCUGGAGAAGCGGCAGGAGCUGGCCGAGGAGCUGAACAAGCGGAUCCUGUACGUGGGCGUGGCCAACCUGGUCCUGUUCCCGUUCGUGCUGCUCUUCCAGAUCCUGUACUCGUUCUUCUACUACGCCGAGGUGAUCAAGCGCGAGCCGGGCAGCCUCGGCAGCCGGCGCUGGUCGCACUACGGCGAGGUGUACCUGCGCCACUUCAACGAGCUCGACCACGAGAUGACGGCGCGCCUCAACCGGGGCUACAAGGCCGCCUCGCAGUACAUGAACAUCUUCUCGUCGCCCGUGAUGGCCGUGGUGGCGCGCCACGUCGCCUUCGUGUGCGGCGCCAUGUUCGCCGUGUUUGCCGCGCUCUCCGUCUACGACGAGGACGUGCUGCAGGUGGAGCACGUGCUCACGGUCAUGACGAUCCUGGGCGCCGUGCUGGCCGCGUGUCGCGUGUUCAUCCCUGACGAUAACCUCGUGUUCUGCCCGGAGAUGCUGCUGCGGAAGGUGCUGGCCGAGGUGCACUACCUGCCCGACCACUGGCGCGAGAAGGCGCACACGUCCCGCGUGCGCCAGGAGUUCUCGCAGCUGUUCCAGUACCGAGUGGUGCACAUGCUGGAGGAGCUGGUCUCGCCCGUGGUCACGCCGCUCAUUCUCAUCUUCCGGCUGCGCUUCAAGGCUCAGGACAUCGUCGAUUUCUAUCGUAACUUCACCGUAGAGGUUGUAGGCGUGGGCGACGUGUGCUCCUUCGCCCAGAUGGACAUCCGAAGACACGGCAGCCCCACAUGGCAGCCGGACGUGCUGUCGGAGGAGGACGGCCAGGAGGACGCGCGGAGGCCCAACAUGACCACGAGUGGCGGCAAGACCGAGCUGUCGCUCCUGCACUUCACGAUGACCAACCCCAAGUGGAGACCUCCGCAGGAGUCCACGGCAUUUAUCAACGCGCUCAGAACACAGGCACAGCGAGACAUGAACGCACUUACCACGCUGCAGGAGGAGAACGCUCUCUUCUCGUCCCUGAACUCCUUAUCGUGCGGCGGGCUGGGCGCGGCGACCACCAGCAUGUUCAGGGCCCCCUGGAUGCUGGGAGCCCCCGUGCAGCCCGGCGGGGUCCAGCAGCAGUCGUUCUGGUCCCCCCGGGGCCUCCGAGGGGGGAUCUCCCACGUGGAGGGCUCCCGCCACGGCCCGAGCGGAGGCAUCCUGUCCACGGUCCAGCAGAGCAUGGGGCAGUCUAGCGUCGAGGGCCACAUAGGGAUGAGUAGUGUGACGUCGGGGCCCGUCGUGGACCCGGUGCUGGCCCCCAGUUGUCUCGGGCCGUCGUCCUUCCUCGGCCCGACCUUGCCUCAGGAUCUCACCGCUGUGGACAUGAGCCUCAGCACCUUGUACCUGCACGAGCUACACCAGAGACAUCGGCACAGAACCACCUACACCGACGCGCCCCCGCAGCCUCCCUCGGGUCCCCAGGGGCCCCCGGGGGGAAGCUUCCAGCCGGUCCCGUUCCAGGGACGGCAGCCGCCCGGCGCGAGCGGCAGCGCCAGUGGCAGCGGAGGCGACGCGCCGUCGGUGUCGUACCAGCGAGCGCAAGAGAAGACGCCCCUUCUCGCAGAACCCUAAAGCCACAGACGAGCGCCUUGCCCUGUGGCGGGACCCUCGUUUCACGAUAACCCGGAAGUUAUUAUCCUGGUGUUCACUAAUAAUAAUAAUAAAAAGAAAGAUUAUAAUUUAAAACGCUUGGCAUUGCUACUUUACCCCCGUUUGCCAAACGAGAAAGAAUGAUAUAUGGGCACAGUGGAUGUGUUCGGGAAACCGAGUCUGGAAUACACGUGGGUUUCGGAAUCUCCCACACACGCAUCUCACUCAAACAUGCCGCCGACCGGUCUCCCGAAGACAGCCACUGCUUACGGUCUGACUAGUACUGUAUCUGCGCUAGGUUUUCGCCAUCUGUUUGACGAUUUUUCAAAUGAAUCAACUAGUCCCGCAGAUUUGGUUUCAGUUUUUAGAUAGCGUUUGAAUUUUCAACUUGUGACAGCUGUUUGUAAAACGAUAGACUAAUAUGCUUCAAAGAGUUUUAUUGUGUAUAAAAUGUACCAUAAAAUAAGUAUUUUGUAUUUUCUUAACGUUAUAUUGGGUCAUUUUUAUGCAUCGAUAUUGCAAUUAGAUGUGAAUGAAUGGAACGUGAUUUCAUUGUCUGUUUUCCAAUAAUGCUUUGUGAAAUGGCGGUUUUCUUUGUAAAUAAUUUGAUUAAAUGAUCCUGUGAUUCUG